UCUUUGCUGACCCGGAAGCAGAGCUGUGCCGCUAAGGCGCCGCCGUGGAGCCGCCUUGGAGCCACCGCCCCCUCGCCGCUUCGCCGCUGCGUUGGGGAACCGGGACCGCGGCGGCGCCGGGUUGCCCUGAUGAUCCCGGGCGGGCGGUGGCGGCGGCAGAGGCGGCGGGAGGAUGACCUCUUACCGGGAGCGGAGUGCCGAUCUGGCCCGUUUCUACACUGUUACCGAGCCCCAGCGACACCCGAGGGGCUACACAGUAUAUAAGGUCACCGCCCGGGUUGUUUCUCGAAGAAAUCCAGAGGAUGUCCAGGAGGGAGAAUCCUGAACCAACCUAUCCAUGAACAUACUCUCUGCCAUUUUCUUAGUCCUUUUUUCGGGAAAACUCUUUUAUAAUAACAACUGUUGGUGAACCUUUCAUCAGAAAACUCUUAUAAUUGUGUGGAAGAGAUACAGUGAUUUUAAGAAACUACACAAAGAACUAUGGCAAAUUCACAAAAACUUAUUCCGACAUUCAGAAUUGUUUCCUCCAUUUGCUAAAGGAAUAGUGUUUGGGCGAUUUGAUGAAACUGUUAUCGAAGAGAGAAGACAAUGUGCUGAAGACCUGCUACAGUUCUCUGCCAAUAUUCCUGCUCUUUACAAUAGUAAACAGCUUGAAGAUUUUUUCAAGGGUGGAAUAAUUAAUGAUAGUUCUGAAUUAAUUGGUCCUGCUGAAGCUCACUCAGAUUCCCUCAUUGAUACCUUUCCUGAAUGUAGUACGGAAGGCUUCUCCAGUGACAGUGAUCUGAUAUCUCUUACUGUUGAUGUGGAUUCUCUUGCUGAAUUAGAUGAUGGAAUGGCUUCCAAUCAAAAUUCUCCCAUUAGAACUUUUGGUCUCAAUCUUUCUUCGGAUUCUUCAGCACUAGGGGCUGUUGCUUCUGACAGUGAACAGAGCAAAACAGAAGAAGAACGGGAAAGUCGUAGCCUCUUUCCUGGCAGUUUAAAACCCAGGCUUGGCAAGAGAGAUUAUUUGGAGAAAGCAGGAGAAUUAAUAAAGCUGGCUUUAAAAAAGGAAGAAGAAGAUGACUAUGAAGCUGCUUCUGAUUUUUAUAGGAAGGGAGUUGAUUUACUCCUAGAAGGUGUUCAAGGAGAGUCAAGCCCUACCCGUCGAGAAGCUGUAAAGAGAAGAACAGCUGAGUAUCUCAUGCGGGCUGAAAGUAUCUCUGGUCUUUAUGGGAAAUUUCAACUUGAUGAUGUAUCUCAGGUUUUACUUGUAAUGGACACAAGGACAGAACAGACUUUCAUUUUAAAAGGUCUAAGGAAAAGCAGUGAAUACAGCAGGAACAGAAAGACCAUCAUCCCCCGCUGUGUGCCCAACAUGGUGUGUCUGCAUAAGUACAUCAUCUCUGAGGAGUCAGUAUUUCUUGUGCUGCAGCAUGCGGAAGGUGGCAAACUGUGGUCAUAUAUCAGUAAAUUUCUAAACAGAAGUCCUGAAGAAAGCUUUGAUAUCAAGGAAGUGAAAAAAUCUACACUUGCCAAAGUUCACCUGCAGCAGCCAACUUCUAGUCCUCAGGACAGCAGUAGCUUUGAAUCCAGAGGAAGUGAUGGUGGAAGCGUGCUUAGAGCUCUGCCUUUGAAGAGUAGUCUUACUCCAAGUUCUCAAGAUGACAGCAACCAGGAAGAUGAUGGCCAAGAUAGCUCUCCAAAGUGGCCAGAUUCUGGUUCGAGUUCAGAAGAAGAAUGUACUACUAGUUAUUUAACAUUAUGCAAUGAAUAUGGGCAAGAAAAGAUUGAACCAGGGUCUUUGAAUGAGGAGCCCUUCAUGAAGACUGAAGGGUAUGGUGUUGAUACUAAAGCUAUUCAAAGCUUCCCAACACACCUUGCCGCUGACAGCGACAGCCCCAGCACACAGCUGAGAGCUCACGAGCUGAAGUUCUUCCCCAACGAUGACCCAGAAGCAGUUAGUUCUCCAAGAACAUCAGAUUCCCUCAGUAGAUCAAAAAACAGCCCCAUGGAAUUCUUUAGGAUAGACAGUAAGGAUAGCGCAAGUGAACUCCUGGGACUUGACUUUGGAGAAAAAUUGUAUAGUCUAAAAUCAGAACCUUUGAAACCAUUCUUUACUCUUCCAGAUGGAGACAGUGCUUCUAGGAGUUUUAAUACUAGUGAAAGCAAGAUAGAGUUUAAAGCUCAGGACACCAUUAGCAGGGGCUCAGAUGACUCAGUGCCAGUUAUUUCAUUUAAAGAUGCUGCUUUUGAUGAUGUCAGUGGUACUGAUGAAGGAAGACCUGAUCUUCUUGUCAAUUUACCUGGUGAAUUGGAGCCAACAAAAGAAGCUGCAGCAAUGGGACCUACUAAGUUUACACAAACCAAUAUAGGGAUAAUAGAAAACAAACUCUUGGAAGCCCCUGAUGUUUUAUGCCUCAGACUUAGUACUGAACAAUGCCAAGCACAUGAGGAGAAAGGCAUGGAGGAACUGAGUGAUCCCUCUGGGCCCAAAUCUCGUAGGAUAACAGAGAAACACUAUGCUCAGGACGAUCCCAGGAUGUUAUUUGUAGCAGCUGUUGAUCAUAGUAGUUCAGGAGAUAUGUCUUUGUUACCCAACUCAGAUCCUAGGUUUCAGGGACUUGGAGUGGUUGAGUCAGCAGUAACUGCAAACAACACAGAAGAAAGCUUAUUCCAUAUUUGUAGUCCACUCUCAGGUGCUAAUGAAUAUAUGGCAAGCACAGACACUUUAAAAACAGAAGAAGUAUUGCUGUUUACAGAUCAGACUGAUGAUUUGGCUAAAGAGGAACCAACUUCUUUAUUCCAGAGAGACUCUGAGACUAAGGGAGAAAGUGGUUUAGCGCUAGAAGGAGACAAGGAAAUCCAUCAGAUUUUUGAGGACCUUGAUAAAAAAUUAGCACUAACCUCCAGGUUUUACAUCCCAGAGGGCUGCAUUCAAAGAUGGGCAGCUGAAAUGGUGGUAGCCCUUGAUGCUUUACAUAGAGAGGGAAUUGUGUGCCGCGAUUUGAACCCAAACAACAUCUUAUUGAAUGAUAGAGGACACAUUCAGCUAACGUAUUUUAGCAGGUGGAGUGAGGUUGAAGAUUCCUGUGACAGCGAUGCCAUAGAGAGAAUGUACUGUGCCCCAGAGGUUGGAGCAAUCACUGAAGAAACUGAAGCCUGUGAUUGGUGGAGUUUGGGUGCUGUCCUCUUUGAACUUCUCACUGGCAAGACUCUGGUUGAAUGCCAUCCAGCAGGAAUAAAUACUCACACUACUUUGAACAUGCCAGAAUGUGUCUCUGAAGAGGCUCGCUCACUCAUUCAACAGCUCUUGCAGUUCAAUCCUCUGGAACGACUUGGUGCUGGAGUUGCUGGUGUUGAAGAUAUCAAAUCUCAUCCAUUCUUUACCCCUGUGGAUUGGGCAGAACUGAUGAGAUGAAUGUAAUGCAGGGUUAGCUUCACACAUUCUGAGCACCUCCGUGACAGGCAUCUCCAGCACUGAGGCACCUCUGCCUCAGUCACUUAUGGAGCACCAAAGCAUUUGGAUAAAGACCGUUAUAGGAAAUGGGGGGGUGGGGGGAGUGACUGAAAGAGAACAAUUUGUUUACAGUUACAAGAUAUUAGCUGAUUUUACCAGGGGCUGUUAUAUACAUAUCUGCAACCAAGGUGUGAUCUGAAUUUAGUCCACAUUCGGUGUUGCAGAUCAGUUGUAAAGCCAACCGAAAGAGUUCCUUCAAGAAAUUCUUCUGAUAGGAAGCUGUUAAGUGUGGAAUGAAGUUUUACUUGAAAGGACCUUUACGUGGCAGCUAACAGAGCUUUUUGCUGACCAGGAUUGGUUUAUAUGAUUAAAUUAAUAUUUGCUUAAUAAUACACUAAAAGUACUUCAUGAACAGCGUCAUCAGCGCAACUUAAAAGUGAGAAAAAUAGGAUAUACAUAUAAUUUCUGACGGAAAACCUGUACCCUGAUGCUGUAUAAUUAAUGUAUGUUGAAUGUGGUCCCAGAUUAUUUCUGUGGGAAGACACUCCAUGUUGUCAGCUUUGUACUCUUGGUUGGUACUGCUUAUUUAGAGAAGGGUUCAUAUAAACACUCUGUGUCUUCAACAGCAUCUUUCUUUCCCCGUCUUUCCAUUUUCUGCACCCUCUGCUUGUUCCCUCAUAUUCUGUUCUUCUGUCUCCUGCUAACACACAUGCAACAAAAAAGGGAAGGAAGUGCUUAUUUCCCCAGAUUGUGUAAGGACUAAGAAAUCAUGAUGUCAAAUAAACAUGGUGAAACAUUA